GGUAUACGUUUAGGACGCCCUGUAUUUUUAUUAAUUAAUAAUGCCUGUGUAAGGCUUUUAUUUUGAAAAAUUAAAAAAGUGCCUUUUACUCAACGGUGUUAAUGGAAGUGAUAGUGGGUUUUUUAGGAGCUUUAGGUCAAUGAAGUGGUUUGGGUUCGGUUUUAAUGGGUUUGGACAGAUAAAGCCCGGGCGGAAAGAUGAAGAGGAGGGCAUGAGGGUGCUCAGUCCUGUGGCGCUGCUGGACUCUUUGUGUACUUGUGCUGAGACUUUUAGCAGAACCGGUUUGAGCCGAAAACAAAAAACCGAAACACAGAAAGUUGUUGCGAGUUGGAGCCGAACUGCUGUCAUCCACAGAACCGCCGUGUGUGUGUGUGCAGGGCAGCGGCGGUGGCUGUGUGAACCCGGAGUGGAGGAGCAGGAGGAGGAGCAGCAGGAAACAGAAGAGAGCUUGUCUGGAGUAGAGAACUCAACACCACUGAAAAGACUGGCAGUGAGCCUGGCGCUAGGCACUGGGCACGCUGUUCUACUCGCAGCCUCUGGGACUGUUUACACCUGGGGACAUGGCAGUCAUGGUCAGCUGGGUCAUGGCACUCUGGUGUCAGGGGAUGAGCCUCAAGCAAUCGAGGCUCUGUGGGGAGUCCCGAUGAAAUCUGUCGCUGCAGGAGGCUGGCACUCAGCAUGCAUCAGUGCUGGAGGAGAUCUAUAUGUAUGGGGCUGGAAUGAGAGUGGCCAGAUUGGCCUGCCAUCGAAAGGCCUCAGAGAGGAGAGACCGAGAGAAGAAAGUAUUGAGAAAGACAAACUGAAGGGGAACAAAAAGGAAGAUGAGGGCACCAGUGAUGUGUUCAUCUCAAUUCAAGCAUUCCCCGCUCUGGUGGAUUUAUCAGAAGCAGCUGAAAUUAAGAAGGUCAGCUGUGGAUCUCGUCAUACAGCGGCCAUCACAAGCACCGGUGAUCUCUACACCUGGGGAUGGGGUUUCUAUGGCCAGUUGGGUCAUGGUUCAAGAUGCAGUUCAGAUGAACCAAAAAUUGUGGAGUUUUUCUCAGGUGGUGGAAUGAGUGUGGAAGAUGUUACUUGUGGAUUAUGGAACACAUUUGUAUCAGCAGAUCCAAGGGACCGUGUUGCAUCAUGACCCACACAUACAGUACUGUGUCUCCUGCCACUUUUAUUUACCUCUCAGCAACACAGACGUAAGGGAAAAGUACAAGCGUUUAUCAAAUAUACAUGUACAAACAAACAAGUGAGAGUUGUAUAAAGAAAGUGAAAAUCUUUACAAUGGCAAAGGUAGUUAAAAUACAGAUAUGGAGGAAAAAAACCAACCACCACAGUUAACAUGUUACAUGAGUACUGUUGGGUGAAGGGCAAAGUGCACACAUGUUGAAAAUGAGCUGGACGUUUGGUUCGCCGUAAUCUUCACAGCACAAUCUUGAAUGAACUGGAAAUUACAGUGUUUAAUUAUUAAAUAGCACAACACACAUGAAGGUACUUGGAGAUAAAAGAUCAAAUAGAAUAAAACUAGGUUUCUUACCUAACAAAAUCUGGAGACCUGGAGAUAACAUGCUGAAAUUCAGAGAGGUUUACAGUCCCAUCUUUAUCAAUGUCUGAUUCCUCAAGAAUCUGUAAAUUAAAAAUUGUACUCAUGAUACAAAUAGACUGUUUAAGUCUCUGACUGCAGCAAAGGAACAAAAGGUCGAACUGUAAUGAUAAAAGUUGGUGUGUGAGUGAGUGAGAGUGAGAAAGCGAGCAUAUUCACAUUGCGUAUGAGCUGACUCAUUUCCUCAGAUGUGAGUUGUGUGUCUGCAGACUCCCCAGUCAGACAGUUCACCAACUUCUCGAGAUCUCCAUAAUCAAGUGUCCCAUCAUCAUCAAAAUC